ACGGGCAUUCGAGGCGGGCUCGUGCGAGCAGAAGGAAUUUCUCUCAGGCCGCCGACAGAGCCGUCCAGCCAGCGUCAUGUCGGGCACCCGGGCGGCGACGGCCGCGUCCAAUGACCGCGCCCCUCACCCAGCCGGCGCCGGUGGCCUGAAGCGGCUGCGGAGCGAGCCGGGCGGCAACCGGGUGACGGUGGUGCUGGGCUCGCAGUGGGGGGACGAAGGCAAAGGCAAGGUGGUGGACCUGCUGGCCACGGAGGCCGACGUCGUCUGCAGGUGCCAGGGUGGAAAUAAUGCAGGCCAUACUGUGGUUGUUGAUGGGAAGGAAUAUGAUUUUCACCUCUUCCCUAGUGGUAUAAUUAAUCCCAAGGCAAUUUCUCUAAUUGGGAAUGGGGUAGUCAUACAUUUGCCAGGCUUAUUUGAAGAAGCUGAAAAAAAUGAGAAAAAAGGUUUAAGAGACUGGGAGAAAAGACUCAUCAUAUCAGACAGGGCACACAUUGUGUUUGAUUUUCACCAGGCAGUGGAUGGACUUCAAGAAGUGCAGCGGCAAGCGCAAGAAGGGAAAAAUAUUGGCACAACAAAGAAAGGGAUUGGACCAACCUAUUCUUCCAAAGCGGCACGGACAGGACUUCGGAUAUGUGAUCUUCUUUCAGACUUCGAUGAAUUUUCUUCAAGAUUUAAGAAUCUUGCUCACCAGUACAAGUCGAUGUUUCCUUCUUUAGAAGUUGACACAGAAGGACAACUAAAAAAAUUAAAGGGCUAUGCUGAAAAAAUAAGACCAAUGGUCCGAGAUGGUGUUUAUUUUAUGUAUGAAGCGCUGCAUGGCUCUCCAAAGAAAAUUCUUGUAGAGGGUGCCAACGCAGCACUGCUCGACAUUGAUUUCGGCACAUAUCCCUUUGUGACGUCCUCCAACUGCACUGUGGGCGGUGUGUGCACCGGGCUUGGUAUUCCUCCCCAGUAUAUUGGAGAAGUGUAUGGUGUAGUGAAGGCCUACACAACAAGAGUGGGAAUUGGAGCCUUUCCCACUGAACAGAUAAAUGAAAUGGGAGAUCUCUUACAGUCCCGAGGCCAUGAAUGGGGAGUGACCACAGGCAGAAAAAGGCGCUGUGGCUGGCUUGACCUUGUCAUAUUGAGAUACGCCCAUAUGAUCAACGGAUUCACUGCCCUGGCAUUAACAAAACUGGAUAUUCUGGAUGUAUUUGAUGAAAUCAAAAUUGGUGUAGCUUACAAGCUGGGUGGCAAAAGAAUUCCAUAUUUUCCAGCUAACCAGGAAAUACUGCAGAAAGUGGAGGUGGAGUAUGAAACGAUGCCAGGGUGGAAAACCGACACAACAAGUGCCAGAAAAUGGGAGGAACUUCCACCUAAGGCACAAAAUUACAUUCGGUUUGUGGAGAACCACGUUGGGGUGGCAGUGAAAUGGGUUGGAGUUGGAAAAUCAAGGGAAUCGAUGAUCCAGCUCUUUUAAACACACAAAGAACAUAUGUGCCAAGAAGCAGUUUAUUGUACAUCUGUUCCUUUCUGUACCCAAACUGAGAUGAAGAUGCUGUUCUUCCUAGACUAUGAUUAGACAUGCCUUGUACUUGUCAUAUUCUCAAGUAAAUGUAUCCAAAAAUUAGGAACACAGAAUAAGAACAGAAAUUUUGGGGAGGGGAAUCUUAAGGUCACAUUUUAAAAAGUGCCAAACCUGCACUGAAUUAUUUCUUCAACUUGCUACCAGUAGUGAAGUUUAUUCCAGAUUGCAGAAGGUGUAAGGAGGAAGUUCCAAUUCCUAUGUCAGGAAGCAAUAAUAUGGCAGUGUUCAAUGUAUGUGGCAUUUAAAAUUGUGCUGGUUAUGGAGCACUGCACUUGUGUAAAAGCCAGCACAAUUCAGUAAUUCUCUUUCAAGCCCAGCAGUCCAAAUAAAAGCUCUUCAGAUAUAAAGGGAGAAGAGAUGCAAAAGAAGUUAUGUCAUGGGAGGAAGGAAGGCAAUAGCUUAAGUCCUUUUUUUUUUGGCAGUGGGUCAAACUGAAAAUAGCCGACAGACCUAAGUGAUAAAGAGCUUCCCUUGAAAUAUUUCCCAAUAGGCACUCCACAUGAAGUCUUUCAGAGAUGGUGCUCUCUUGUGCCAUUGUGCAGUACAAAGGACAAAGAAACCACAGCAAAGUAAGAAAAUGCCCUGGGAAGCCAAUCUUUGCAACAUCCUGAAGUGCGUCACUACAUGGACCGGGUGUGGCUUCACUACAUCCUUCAUUACAGCCGAGUAGAUCCCUGGUCUUGGACCCUAUGUUGCCAAGCCAUAGUGUGGAUUCCCUUCCACUAACAUUACUUGCCACUCCGCUGCUUGAUCACCAACAGAAUAAAUAGAUCAAUGAAGGCUGUCUAUCUAUCGUCAUCUACUAACCCUCAUGGCAGUGUUCUGUCUCCACAUCUGAAUACCAGUUCUGGAGUGGAGAGUGUCUCUUGUACUUGGGUCGUGCUUGUGUGAUUCCUGUAGGGACCUGGUUGGCCACUGUAAGAACAGGGUGGGUCACUUGCUUCAGCCAGGGGGCUCUUCUUAUGUUCUUAAAACAAGUUAACUAGAGCGGCUCCUCAUCAGCCUUUCAAAUAACGAGUACAGAAUGGUAGUGCUUUUUUCUAUGGAGCUGUGCUGUUAUGGACUGUGGAGCAAUUCUUUUAAAUAUAAUGAAUGUCUCCAAUCCCAGCAAAAUAAGCAGUGUAUGAAGGAGGAAUCCUUUUGGUUCAUGCAGAAUAGCAGUGUGGUUUUUUGAUUUAUUCUGUGUAGUUAUCCAUGUGAAGAAGAGGGCCUAGGGCUUGGAUCUGUUGCUGCUUGCCUCCAUUUUUUUUUAAAAAAAUGAUUAAUUGUGCCAUUGCAACCACAUGUUCCCCAUGAAUAUGAGUGUGUUGUGGGGCAAUGAAGUGCCAAGCUAGAAUGACAUAAUGGUGAAUGUUGAUCUGGAUGCACUUUUAAGGUCACUGCUUCCAGUAGCAAAGGUUGCGUCAGCCUCUGUCCAUCCAUCCGUACCACGGAGGAUGCUUGCCUUACAAGGUUGUUUGAAGGAUUAAAACUAGAUAUUGCCUGUGAAGUGCCUUGAACCCUAGAAAGGGCUAUACAAAUCCUAAAUAUUGUGAUUCUGACCUUAUUGAGGUCAGAAGGUCUACCAUUACGCAAUGAACAAGUUUUAAAAGAAAGCAGCCAAGGUGUGUUGCAACUGGGUGCUCCUGUGUCGUUUUUAUUGUGGGGGAUUGUGGCCCCUGCCCCUUGCAAUACCAUUGCCUUGGACAGCUUGGAAAUGGAGGUUAUAGUUUAGUUAUUCAUAACUAAUAGAAACUCAGGAACAGAGAGCACUGCAUUGACUCUCACUGCCUUCUGUUUAUUAGUUAAUGGUUACAAUUCAACACUGAACUUAAGCACGCCUAAGCCCAGUGAAAACCAAUGAGCUUUGGUGGGUUGGACUGUCACCAAUGCCUUUCCUGGGAUCCAGAGUAGUGUGUGUGCUUGCACAAAGGUGUCUCUUAAUUUUUCCUUUUGGUGGCAUCCUCUCACGGAGGCUGCUGCCAGGAGAGCUGAAAAACCUUGUGGGCAAUCUUUUACAACUCUGGAUCCUAGUCCUUAUCUCUGCCUUAGUUUUGCCAGUUGUAACAUGGCAGGUAAUACUUGCUUACCUACCUCAUGUCGACAAAGUAGGCUCUAGCCCGCACUCAGUGAUACACUUGUUAGUCUUUAAGGUGCCAAGGGGUUCUUUGUGUUUGCUGCAACAGACUGCUCUGGAAUAAUUUUUGUAUGUUUUUAUGAGAAUCACGGUGGGCCUCACCCUUUUGAGAAGUCUAACUUUCUGAUUCACAGAUUAUGUUGACUUCACUUUGAGACUUAAAUGUUUUGUUAAAUAAUUUGUAAAAGCGCUUUUAAUUGGCAGGAGGACCACUGCCAAGUCAGUUUUCGUUGCUGUCACAAAUAGCCCAAGAAUUCUUCCCUCAAGCCAUGGUGCCUUGGCGUAUAUGCAUUUGGACAAAGUCCACCAAAGUGGCCUUUUGCCUUGCAGUUAUCAAGCUUUGCUCUAUAAUCACUUAGGAGUGACUGGCUUACUGCACCUUGUGGCUUGCUUCCUGCUUUGUAAUUUGAAAUGGCAUUGUUGUCCAUUAUCUUUGCCCAUUUGACAUAUUUUUUUACGCUACUAACAAGAUGCAUACAGAAUUGUAAGAGGAGGAGGGGUCCUUGUAGGCCAUCUUGUCCAAUCUCCUGAUUGCAAUUGACUAUCCAGAGCUAGUGCAUCCUCAAUAGAUGAUAUUUGUUACAGUGGUACCUCGCAAGAC